GGCGGCCCGGCCCCUCCCCCUCCCGCCGCCGCGGAGAGCGCAGGGAGCCGCCGGGGGCUCGGCGGCGGCGGUGGCGUCUGGCCCCGGCUCCUCCUCCUCCUUCUCCUCCUCGCUCCCUCCAUCUGCCGUGGUUAUGGCCCGUCGCUGGAGCACAAAAGAGUCUCCGCGGUGGAGGUCUGCGCUGGUCUUGCUUUUCCUCGCCGGGGUGUACGGACAUGGUGCUCUUGCAGAACAUUCUGAAAAUGUGCAUAUUUCAGGAGUGUCAACUGCCUGUGGAGAAACUCCAGAACAGAUUCGAGCACCGAGUGGGAUAAUCACAAGCCCAGGCUGGCCUUCCGAAUAUCCUGCCAGAAUCAACUGUAGCUGGUUCAUAAGGGCAAACCCAGGGGAAAUCAUUACUAUAAGUUUUCAGGAUUUUGACAUUCAAGGGUCCAGAAGAUGCAGUUUGGACUGGUUGACAAUAGAAACAUAUAAGAAUAUUGAAAGCUACAGAGCCUGUGGUUCCACAAUCCCACCGCCGUACAUUUCUUCCCAAGACCACGUCUGGAUCAGGUUCCAUUCCGAUGACAGUAUCUCUAGGAAGGGUUUCAGGCUGGCAUACUUUUCAGGGAAAUCUGAAGAACCAAACUGUGCUUGUGACCAGUUUCGCUGUGGAAAUGGAAAGUGUAUACCAGCAGCCUGGAAAUGCAACAACAUGGAUGAAUGCGGAGACAGUUCUGAUGAAGAGAUCUGUGCCAGAGAAGCGAAUCCUCCAACAUCUGCCUCCUUCCAGCCCUGUGCUUACAACCAGUUCCAGUGUCUGUCUCGGUUUACCAAAGUCUACACCUGCCUUCCCGAGUCUUUAAAAUGCGACGGCAACAUUGACUGCCUUGACCUCGGAGAUGAGAUCGACUGUGAUGUGCCCACAUGUGGGCAGUGGUUAAAAUAUUUUUAUGGUACUUUUAAUUCUCCCAAUUAUCCAGACUUUUAUCCUCCUGGAAGCAAUUGCACCUGGUUAAUAGACACUGGUGAUCACCGCAAAGUCAUCUUACGCUUCACAGACUUUAAACUUGAUGGUACUGGUUAUGGUGAUUAUGUCAAAAUAUACGAUGGAUUAGAGGAGAAUCCGCACAAGCUUCUGCGUGUGUUGACCGCUUUUGAUUCUCACGCGCCUCUCACUGUCGUGUCUUCGUCUGGACAGAUAAGGGUCCAUUUCUGCGCCGAUAAAGUCAACGCGGCCCGGGGCUUUAACGCCACUUACCAGGUGGAUGGCUUCUGCCUGCCGUGGGAGAUCCCCUGCGGAGGGAACUGGGGCUGCUACACCGAGCCGCAGCGCUGUGACGGCUACUGGCACUGCCCGAACGGCAGGGACGAGGCCAACUGCACCGCCUGCCAGAGGGACGAGUUCCCGUGCUCCCGCAACGGCGUCUGCUACCCGCGCUCCGACCGCUGCAACUACCAGAACCACUGCCCCAACGGCUCCGACGAGAAGAACUGCUUUUUUUGCCAGCCAGGAAACUUUCACUGUAAAAACAACCGGUGCGUGUUUGAAAGCUGGGUGUGUGACUCUCAGGACGACUGCGGCGACGGCAGCGACGAGGAGAACUGCCCCGUGAUCGUGCCGACCCGGGUCAUCACCGCCGCCGUCAUCGGGAGCCUCAUCUGCGGCCUGCUGCUGGUCAUUGCCUUGGGGUGCACCUGUAAGCUCUAUUCUCUGAGAAUGUUUGAACGAAGAUCAUUUGAAACACAGUUGUCCAGAGUGGAAGCAGAAUUGUUAAGAAGAGAAGCUCCUCCCUCUUAUGGACAAUUGAUCGCUCAGGGUUUAAUUCCACCAGUUGAAGAUUUUCCUGUUUGUUCACCUAAUCAGGCGUCUGUUUUGGAAAACCUGAGGCUGGCUGUACGGUCUCAGCUUGGAUUUACUUCCAUCAGGCUUCCUAUGGCAGGCAGAUCCAGCAACAUCUGGAACCGUAUUUUUAAUUUUGCAAGGUCACGCCAUUCAGGGUCAUUGGCUCUGGUCUCAGCAGAUGGAGAUGAGGUUGUCCCUAGCCAGAGUACCAGCAGAGAACCUGAAAGAAAUCAUACUCACAGAAGUCUGUUUUCCGUGGAGUCUGACGACACAGACACAGAAAAUGAGAGGAGAGAUACAGCAGGAGCAUCGGGCGGGGUUGCAGCUCCUUUGCCCCAAAAAGUCCCUCCCACGACAGCUGUAGAAGCAGCAGUGGGAGCGAGUGGAAGUUCCACCACUCAGAGCACCCGAGGGGGUCACACAGAGACCGGACGGGAUGUGACCGCCGUGGAGCCCCGCAGUGUGAGUCCAGCACGGCACCAGCUCACAAGUGCGCUCAGUCGAAUGACUCAGGGGCUGCGUUGGGUACGUUUUACAUUAGGGCGAUCAAGCUCCGUGAGUCAGAACCAGAGCCCUUUGAGACAACUUGAUAAUGGGGUAAAUGGAAGAGAAGAAGAUGAUGAUGUCGAGAUGCUAAUUCCAGUUUCUGAAGGAGCUUCAGACUUCGAUGUGAAUGACUGCUCCAGGCCCCUUCUUGGUCUUACAUCCGAUCAAGGGCAAGGGUUCAGACAACCACACAGUGGAACAAACCCUGGAGUGAGGCCAAGUAGUCGUGAUGGCCCUUGUGAGCGCUGUGGUAUCGUCCACACUGCCCAGAUCCCGGACUCUUGCUUAGAAGCAACGCUGAAAACUGAAACCAGUGAUGAUGAAGCUUUGUUACUUUGUUAGGUACGAUCCCAUCAGGGAGCUUGGAUACAAGUUGGAGCAAUAUCCAUUCAUUGUUUUGUAACUUUACAAUUAAACUAGUUUUCAUUUAAAAAGAAAAGAAAAAGAUGCAGGGCGAUUUCUUAUUAUCAUAUGUUAGCCUGCAUGGUUAAAUUAAACAACUGUAACUCUAUGAACUUUAGAGUUUACUAUUUUAGCAGCUAAAAAUGCAUUAUGUAUUCAGAUUGUUCAGUAAUGUUUUUCCAUUUGUUUCUAAUUGUUUUCAUUCCGGUACUGUGGUUAGCAGUAGAGAUAUGGCUGCUGAAACUCAUUUGACUGUCAGUUUAUCUAUCCUAUGUUAAAAUAUUUUUUUGUUCAGAAUAAUACCUUCUUUUAAUUAAACCCUUUAUGCUUUUGCCAACACAUCUUGUAAGUUAAUAUACUAGAUGUUAAGGUUGUUAAUAUAAAAAGUAAAAAUUCCUUAUACUCAUCUAUUUUUAUUUAUAUAACAUUAACAUUUGUCUAGGCAUUAUUGGAUUUCAUCAUAACAUGAGCUUGUCAAAGGGAAAAAAAAAACUUUGUCUAAAAUGUUUUCUCUUAUGUUUGACAUGCAAUGAUGUGAAAUUUAGAUAGUUAGAUAAAUUAAUGGAAAAAAACAAAACUCUUUUAUAGGUUUUCUAAUGUUGACUUUAAUACUCUAAUAUGGUACAAACCAAAUGGUAAAAAUCCCAAGUCAUUUCUCUUUCAUCUCUAUUUAAGGACAAAAUUAAGCAGAUGAAGAUAUUCUACUAUGCAUUAAAUCUUGAACUUUAUGUGUACAAAAACUGUACAAGUUCCAACUGGUAAUGUUUUUCCCUGAUACUGGGUUAUGCUUGUAUUAGACCCUAGGGGAUUUGCACUAAAAUCAUAUUAAGGUCUCAGAUGAAUUUAGUGCAGAAGCACCUUCACUUUAAAUACUAUUAUUUGCUAUCAUGAUGACUAUAUUUCCAUAGCUUUUUGGAGGGGUGAGGGGGCAUUUUUAUUACAACUUAAGGUUGCUUUGCUGGUUUCAUAUUUAUUUGUUGUAUUUAAAGACUGCAUUCUUGUAAGAAAGUGAUUUUUUUCAAUAUAUUUUAUUCAUGAGGGGAGGACUGUGCUUCAUGAAAAGCAAAUUAAAAAGUCAUUCAGAUCACCUCCCUUUUUAAAGUAAAGUGAAUUGCAAAACCGCGCAUAUUUUUUUAUUGUCAAUUCCCAUUUAUUUAUUCUUUAGCUAUCUCUUUUAGUAGCUUAAUGAUUGAGUAUGAAAAAUGUAUUUGUGUGUGAUUAUUGCUAUUUAUUAAAUUUUAAAUACUUUGCUGAAUGUCAUUUUAAAGCAUGUUUGAGGUCUUGUGUAUUUGUCGUGUUAUGCUGUCAGGAAGAACUGACUGAAAUGUUUUAAUAUGUAUCAAAAAUUAAAAUUACUUUUUUUGUAUUGCCUCGAGGUACUUUUUAACUCAAAAUUGAUCUGUAUUUUUGUUCAUUUGGUGUAUAUACAAAUUCAAGCAAUGAAAUAUGCAGUAUGUCUAGAAGAAAAAUUAAAGGGAGAUAGUCUUUCUUAACUCCCUUAUCAUAAAGUAGUAGCUUAUACCAGUUCUCGAGGGUAAAAAUCCCUAAGGAUCUGAGUAUUAUUUUGCCUUUGAAAAAACUGACGUAUCUUAGAAGAUUCAGUAACUCUAGCAGUUUUCUUUUUAUGUUAUUUUCAGACAUUUUAAACUCCUGUGCAAUAUUUUACUGUCAGAAUUUGGGUUACCAGAUUAACCUGUUUGGGUCCUGCUAAUUAUAUGUUAUUAUGUAUAGGUUUGUUUUUUUGUUUUUGUUUUCUGGCAUGUGUUUUUAAUUUCUUUGUUUAAAUUAACUAAUACAUCUUCUUAGUUGAAACAUUAAAAAAAAUCAAGUCUGUCUCCUACUCCUGACACUCAUCUUUUAGUUCCCUUUCAAAGAAAAAGGUACAAACACUACAUUUUUGUGUACCCCCCAGAAAUACCGUAUACUUACAUAAAUGUAUCCAUGUGUAUAAAUGCUGUAUGAUAUAAUACAAAUUGUAACAUGCAUUCUUUUCUGCACUUCUUUUCAAAGGCAAGGUGUAUCUACUACUGUUUGAAUGUUAAAAGUAAAGAUGAGUAUUUCUGUUUUUUGACUUUUCACAUUUAAACAUUUGAUCUGUCCUGAAUUUAAGGCUCCACUUUUUUUUUCCUAGUAACUACCUAGUUACUGUAAGACUGUUCAUUAAAUCUAUUCUUUCCUCACUUUUGCAAAUGACCCUUUUAUCAUAUUGCAGAUUUUCAUAUUGUGUAGAUAUGUUUCUAGACUCCCAUUCCAUUCUCUUCAGUUGACCUGCCUUUCUUUUUUUGUACCAGUCUUCCACUGCCUGGAGAAUCCCAUAGACAGAGGAGCCUGGUAGGCUACAGUCCACAGGGUCGCAGAGAGUCGGACACGACUGAGCGACUUCACUUUCACUUUCCACUGUUUUAAUAACUAAUUUUUUAAGUGUUCAAAUAUUCUUGCUUAUUUUUCCAGUUGGUAACUUUAGAACCAGCCCUUGUGUUCCACCAAACAAACCCAUAGAACUUUUUUUUUUUUGGACAGUUUUAUAGAUCAGCUUGGGUAAAUUUGACAUCAUUAUCAUGUUAAAAAUUCUGUCUAAACCAUCCAAAAAUGGCUCCCAUUUGUUCAAGUCUUUUUGUUGUUUCCUUUGAAGAUGCUUCACGUUUUACUUUACUGAGAACUUGUAAUGUUCUUCAAGAGUUCUAAGAAAUUUUAUUAUUUUUGUUACCAUCAUUAAGGAAGUCCUUUCAAUUUAUAAUUUAGUCUUAUUUUAGUAUAUACAAAAGGUAAAAUGUUUUCUACUCAGCUACCAGACUCUGAUUUUCUUAUGGUUUCUAAUAGUACUUCACUUAAUAUUUUUGUGUUUUCCAGUUAUACAGUCAUGUCUUCCAGUUUGCAUACCUCUUUUUAUGUCUUGCUUGCAUUGUCUAGUAUUUCUAGAAUAAUGUUAAAAUAUAUUGGCUAUAAUGAACUGGGUUGCGAUAUAUACAUUUAAUUAAUCAUAUUAAGGAGUAUCUGUUGACCCCUAUUUUUUAAAAAAAUUAGUCAAGAUUGCAUGUUGAAUUUUAUCACAUGCCUUUUCAUUUUCUAUGGAGAUGAUCAUAUGAUUUUUCUCCUUUGACCUUUUAAUAUGAAUUUUAUUAAUAUAUUUUGUACCGUCCUUAAAUUCCUGAAAUAAACUCUACUUGACCAUA